AUGUCAGUUUUUAGUAUACAAAAUAUUCGAAUCGAAAUCGCCAUUUGUGACAUGAAUUCGGACGCAACCGCAAAAACAAAUGGUCACAAAUAUACCAUCGAAAUGAUCAAAAAAUACACUUGUAUCUCUACACCAAGUGUAAUUGUUUAUUUAUUUGCUAAUGUAACUGGGCUACUUUUAUUAAAGGCAAAUGUAAGUACAGUGUCUACAAUGGCACAUUCCUCUCGCUCAUUGUCUCUAUUGCUAGCUAUAUUUUGCGUGUUAUCAUUUUUUAGCCCCAUAGCUUCGGCCGUCAACUGUACCGAUGCAUUCUGCGUUUCACCUGCAUCAGGAGCAAGAAUCGAUCCAAAAUGUCCUGAUGCCUGUCCUGACAACUGUUACUACAUCGUAAAUCCCUGCUGUGUUAGUCAGCGUGCUCCUUAUUGUAAUGUCACUUCCUCGGCAUCGGCCUCAGUAUUCGACCCUAGCUCCUCUAUUCCAAUUUCACUCUUACCUUCAUCCGUUCCUUUAUCGUCUGCCGGCCCAAAUCCAACGCUUUCUAGUAUUGGCGCAUCUGGCUCUCAGGCUCCAGCUUCAUCCGGUAGUGUACAAAACACGUUCUCCGUAUCUUUGUACAUGGCAUCAACUGCGUCAAUUGUAGCUAUCAUAAGUCUUGUUUUAAUGUAGUACAACUGUAUGCUUAGACCCAUGGCUAUUACAUACCUCUAUAUGAAUUAAAUUUCCUCGAGUACUGUCUAAAAGCAGCUCCAUCCCAAAAAUUACAUUUAAGGAUUCUUAAAUACCAGUUUCAUCUAUAUAAAGUGCAUUUAUCCAUUUCAGAGUUACAAGCAUUUUGGCUUACACUUUAAAUACAUCUUUAUGUAAUAUGUUUAUCUACAAGGCGUAUUAAGGAAUUAUUUCUUUUAAAAAAAAUAAAAAACAAUCGUUUUUUUAUCUGCGUCUU